UGUAGAUUUUGAUCUAAUGAUCCGCUUCACCUGUUCUUUAGUCGAACUUUCGUAUUUAUGAGAUGGAAAAACGGCGACUCUACGGCGUCCUUUAUUAUCUGAUGUUACAUGCGCCUCUGUUGUUUUAUGUGAAUGCCACUUUUACUGAAGUGCCCAAAGAUGUAAGUGUCGGAGAAGGAGAAGAUAUUGAGAUGCCCUGCGCAUUUCGGACCAUCGGAUCUACGCCGUUUUCCCUGGAGAUCCAAUGGUGGUAUCUUAAGGAGGCGGACCCAAGAGAACUUGCACACGAAUUGCAAAUUAGUGCCCCAGCGAACAGAGCAAAGGUUGCUCCAAGGGAUGCUACUAAAAUAAGUACCGUCAGGGUACAGGGCAAUGCCAUUUCUCAUAGGCUUCGCCUCUCUAACGUGCGCAAGGUGGAUGAGGGGGUGUAUGAGUGCCGGGUGUCGGACAACAAUGCCGACGAGACUCAGGAACACAAAGCUCAGGCCACUCUCUGGGUGACCCCGCGCGACGGCAUGGUGGCCGAGGAAGCCGUCUCACACAUCCAGAACAGGUGGCCACUGAGGAACAGCAACAGUGUACUUGGGGGUCGGGCCACCUCUGAGCCAGGCCAGCGAAAGCUCCGUCCUGGCCACAUUCCUGACUCCACAACGGCUGGGGCCUCUGCAGCAAAGUCCUCGGCGUCCCCUCGCCCCAGCAAUGCAGCCAUUCUCCGACAGCAGCAUGGAGCCGGUCCCAGACUCAUCACCACAACUGAUCCUCUCAUGUACAUCUCCCUAUUGAUUCUGCAAAGGCUUCUUCCCUUCUUAGUAGCCAACUGAUGGACUCCAACCAAACACCCUGCAAGGUUCUCACUAAAUGUACCAAACAGCAAAUGGAAACAUAUACAGUACAUAAAUAUACCCAUAUGGCACACUACUGAAGCAAAGAAAAGAAAAGAAAGACCUUUGGAAAAGUAAUGAUGAUCUUCUAACUGGGACUCAUGGAAGACUAGGCUUAUAGCUGGGUGUAAAUGAACUGUAUAAGAAGCAUGACAAAAAUAAAGGAAUCUAUGUCAAUUCAAGUUUCACAUUUGUGUUAAACA